GGGAAAUCUAGAUGGUGCUAGGGUGGAGCAGCACAAACGGGAACGGGGGUUGCGGCAAUCGAAUUCGCAAACAAUGGCUGGGUGUAGUGGGUUUGUUAUACUGCUAUCUGCAGCAUAACCACACUCAACAGGCGGCACGUACAAGUGAUUAUUUGUUUUAUCGUCAACGAGUUGAUUAGUGGCCCGAAUGGAUGGACACAUCCGCUGAUAAUAAUGCUCCGCUUCGCUUAAUUGCCCGUGGCGGAAGUGGUAGUGAAAUACACUGGAGCAUUAUUGUCAGCUUUAGUUUUUGUUCCACCCUCGUACAUAGGACGUGCGUUCGGAUAUUUGCAAUGACCCGUUGAAUCCCGCCUAGCAGCAGCAUCACUAGCCGAAAUUAUCACCACUACAGAGACACUGCUGUGUGUACGCUUGAGCGGGGCUAGAUCGAUGCUGCUUGGAGCACGGGCUACGGUGCCUUCGGUGGCUGUCUUGGCGUAGAGCGGCAGCAUAACACGACAAGACGACGACGGGGUGGUAAAAGUGAAAGUACGAUACAUAGCCGCGUAGUAGUGAUCCGGUUGUACGUUUGCUGUGUUGGUCUGAGACAUCUUACGCAGCUGUUUUAACACACCAUCUUGCGAUCGCGAGACGGUGUUGAGACGGACACGCGUUCGGUCCUUAUUGGUUUGCGAAGAAAACUGUGAAACACACCACGUAACGGUGGCUUAUAGUUGUCCACACAAACCCCGUGAACCCUAGCAGUAUUAGGUUAGGUGUACGUCGUACUUCACAUUCCGCAACGAUCGUGUCGAUCGAUCAGUUUAGUAAGUGGCGAUUAAAAGCCCACCAGCCUAAACAUGACGUACAACAUGGAUGAACUGAGGAAGCGGUCCGCCGUGUCCGCACCAUCCCAUAAUAUCGCGAGCAAUCUAAAGCCCGUCCCGCAGCAUGCAAAAGUACCGGAAUCAUCGAAAAACGUCACCGAAAUCACCCGUACCCAUGGGACAGCGUACGUGAUCUUCUUUUCGCUGUUGCUAGAUCUGCUAGCGUUCACCAUGAUUCUGCCGCUGCUGCCGUCCCUGCUCGAGUAUUACCGCAAAAAUGAUAACCAGCUGUACGGGUAUCUAGCGGACAGUAUUAAGCAGUUCCAGGUGUGGAUCGGUGCACCGGAACGAUUCACGAGCGUGCUGUUCGGCGGCGCUCUCGGCUCGAUGUUUAGCUUUCUGCAGUUCCUGAGCAGUCCGAUCGUCGGCGCACUGUCCGACUAUUACGGCCGCAAACCGCUGAUGCUGCUGUGUGCGACCGGCAUUGCCGCUUCGUACGGUAUUUGGGCGUACUCGGAAUCGUUCCUGCUGUUUGUGAUCGCUCGUUUCGUCGGUGGCAUUAGCAAGGGCAAUGUGUCGCUCUGUAUGGCCGUGAUAACGGAUGUCUCGAACCAGCAGAACCGCGGCAAGGCGAUGGCUCUGGUCGGGAUCGCUUUUUCGCUCGGGUUCAUCGCCGGCCCGAUGAUCGGUGCUAUGUUUUCACGCCUUUCGGACAAAACCAGUGCGCUGUGGUUUUUUGCACCGGCCAUGUUCGCGAUGCUGUUGGCUGUAGCCGACAUUCUGUUUCUGGUGCUGUGCCUGAAGGAAACGCUACCGAAGGAGAAGCGCUCGACGCGUAUCAUCAACUCGCUAUCGCACGCUAUCGAUCACAUCAGUAUUAGAGCGUUGUUUCGGUUCUCGGCGGUCGAAAAUCUGUCCCAGAAGGAUGUGCGCUCGCUGCGGAGCCUGGGGGUCACCUACUUUUUGUACCUUUUUCUAUACUCGGGGCUUGAGUUUACGGUGACAUUUUUGAUGUACCACAAGUUCGGGUACACGUCGAUUGAUCAGGCAAAGGUGUUCCUUACCACUGGUGUACUGAUGGCGCUGCUGCAAGGUUCGGUGGUGCGCCGGCUUCCCGACCGGUUGGUAAAGACUUCCGCAGUAUUUGGCCUAUACUUAAUCAUUCCUGCCUUCAUCAUCGUCGGGUUGGCCGAGUCUUCCCCCAUGCUUUAUCUGGGCAUGAUCCUAUUUGCAAUCUCCACCGCCUUCGUCGUAACGUGCAUGACCACCAUCACCUCGAAGUAUGGUGAUUUCCAUCAGAAAGGUACCGUGCUGGGAGUGUUCCGUUCGCUGGGUGCACUUGCCCGAGCGGUCGGUCCGAUCGUAGCGUCGGUAGCGUUCUGGAGUGUCGGUGCUCGGGUAACGUACAUCGCCGGUGGAUUGCUGCUACUGUGGCCCGCCCUUAUGCUGCAGUACUUAAAGCUGUGAAUCACGGGAAUCCCACCGCGUUAGUAUGUCCAAUUUUGUUUUCUGUUUUACCGUCUUUUGUAUUGUUAUAUUAUACAUGCGCAUAUAUAUUUAUAAAGAAGAAAAACACCGAUCCGUAUUGAUAUUUUUACAGUAUUCUGUAAAAUUCCUUACCAACAUGCUAGGAAAACAAUCCCGCGUUGGGGUAGUUUUGAAUCUCCGAUUUAUCCGGUUAGUGUAUCGUUUUUUUCUAAAUCAAUUGUAAAAUCUGUAUUGAAGGAAUGAACGGCGAUACCCCCGGCAAAGAGAAGUAGUGAAUACCUACUUAACAUCGAACGGAAUAAAGCAGUUUUGAAUGGAAAAGUUUAA